CCGCUCCCCGUGGGGGCGGGCUCAAGCCCGGCGCGCCGCCGCCAUUGGUCCGCAGCCCUGCAGUAACCAGGGGAACUGCAAACAGUGCAGGGGCCGCUUCCGGUUCGAGCACCCGGAACCGCCGCCUCUGGGGAUGGACGGUCAGACCCUGCGGAAGGCCGAGAGAAGCCGAUCCUGCUCACGGGAGAAGAAAGAGGGUUACACUAAGGACAUGGUGACAGACUUUGAUGAGAAACAUGAUGAGUAUUUAAUAUUGCUUCAGCAGAGGAACCGGAUACUGAAGCAUUUGAAGACCAAGGACCCCAUGCAGUUGAGACUGGAGCACUUGGAACAAGGGUUCUCUGUCUAUGUCAAUGGGGCCAAUUCUGAACUGAAGACCUCACCUCGGAAAGCCGUCCACCCCGACCUCUCCAGGAGCACCUCGCAUGCUGAGGGGACGCAUGAUGGUGGACGAAGAAUCCUAUUUCGAGAAGCUGAAGAAGCUUUAAGACGCAACUCACGGACAGCCCCCAGCAAAGUCCAGCGCCGAGGAUGGCACCAGAAAUCUGUGCAGAUCAGAACAGAAGCUGGCCCGCGGCUCCACAUCGAGCCUCCUCUGGACUAUUCUGAAGACUUUGAGCCCGAUGGGGAUGUGACUGUCAAGGCCAAGGACACCUCUGGGGAUCAUCCACAGGGCCCCAGAUCUCCCAUCAGCACCACGCUCAGCGAUUUUAAUUUCUCCCUUCUGAACUCACGUGGAUGUCUGGACCCACCGAGCAGUACAGACAAAGAACGGAUUCUCUUAACUAUUCAGGAUGUGAUGGAACUGAGAAAAAGCUUAGAGCUGAGUGUAAAUCUGCAACAGAAACAAAAGGCCAGUUCCAGCGACGAGUCUGACUCCAUUGAAGAAGAUGUCCUCUCGGAGCCCGAGCCCGAGGAGCAGGUGCUGGUGGGCCAUCCCAGCGAGGAGCCCCCUAUUUCCAGUGGGGACUCGGUGCAGAAGAGGGUUCCCGAGAACCAAGAGACAGGACACCCUCCCCGGGGGCUGGACACCCUCGUGAUGCUGGAAUUCAACCCCGCUUCAAAAAGUAGUAAAAAGGAAAGGAAUUUGUCUGCUAAGCGGAAGGACAAUGCUGAGGUCUUCAUUCCCAGUAAACCUGAGCCAAAUUUGAGUCCCCAGCUACCGGCUGUGUUCUCAGACCAGGAGAAGACAUGCUCAAGACCUGGCAGCCGAAGAGAGAGACCCCUGUCAGCAACCCGAAAACCCAUGCUAGAGACUGAGGACCGAGAAGAAGACGCCACGGCAGUGCUCCAAGCCAUCCGGGUGGAGAACGAAGCUCUGCAGAGGGCGAUGCUCAGCAGAAAGGCUGAGCCCCCUGCCAGCUCACUGCCAGCACAGGACUUGGAGGAGCUCCCAGCCAGGCCGUGGAGCAGUCUGCCCAAGGAGAAGGGAGAGGCCCCUGAGCAGCUUCCUGUCACCACGUUGACCAGCACGCAGGAGCCGGCCAGGGCAGCAGGGGGCGCCAGAGCGGUCAGCGAGGCCAUUGACAGAAUCAGCCUUUUGGGAAGCAGACAACAGCAGAAGCUUCUGAAAGUCCUCCAGGCCCUCGAAAGUGACUCUGCCCAUCUCAGCCGGGUUGUUUCACCAACUGAGGAGCAAGUGAGAGACCCUGAGGGCAAAUCAAGAAGGAAAGCAGAAGAGGCCAAAGACACUGUCUACGUGACCAUGGAAAUCUUAUCCAACUGGGGCAACGCAUCAUGGGUGGGUCUCACGGAGGUCGAGUUCUUCGACCUGAAUGACACAAAGCUUUACGUGUCACCUCAUGAUGUGGACAUCCGGAGCACAGCCAUGCCUGGGGACCUGGGCCACCUGGUCAACAGGAACUUAGCGGCUUCUACAAAAGAAAAUCAAAGGCUCUGCUGGCCAGAUGAAUCAAAUAGUAGCAAGAAAGACCCCUCCCUGUGGACGUGCCCCUUCCAGCCGCCGCUCCAGCUCUUUUUUGUCAUCCGCAACACGAGACAGACGCAUGACUUCGGUCUGGCCAAGAUCAAGGUUUGGAAUUACUGGACGGCUGAUGGUGAUCUCGACAUCGGUGCCAAGAACGUGAAGCUUUAUGUCAAUGAAAACCUCAUUUUCGAUGGCAAGUUAGACAAAGGAGGCGGAGAGGCCCCGGCUGACCAGAGCAUUCUAGUUGACCUGAGGAACGAGAAGAAUGAAAGAAUGGAAAGCACCGUUAAUGCCCACUCGGAACAAAGCAGAGACACCCGCAAGAUGGCUAGCAUCGAUGGGGACAAGGAGCGGGGCCUCAGUCACCCACAGCCAGCUGCAGCAGCGGUGGACGUGGCUCCUUCACAAGGACAGUUAUCUGGCGAAAGGACGAAUGCUCCCGAUUGCGUGAAUGACAGUUUGUCCAAGUUAGGGGGAGAGCUCGCCUUGGUAGCAGCCCCGGCCUCCAUGGAUGGCACGGCCGGUGCCCCAGCGCCCUCUCCACCCAUGGAAUGCCCUCCUCUUGAGCAGGAGCUCUCUCUGAUCCAACAGCUGGAAAACCUCAUGGGCAGAAAAGUCUCAGAAGCACCAGGGAAAACCCCUUCCUGGUUACAACCUUCUCCCGUGGGGAAAGGCAGGAAGCAAGGAGGCAGGAAGCCAAAACCCCUCUGGCUAAGUCCUGAGAAGGCACUGGAUUGGAAAGGCAGGCUGCCAUCAGAUGACGUCAUGGCUGAGGGUCGUGGAGAGACUGAGACUGAGGUCGGGGAUAAAGGCCUCAGGCGAGAGCAAGGGCGGGCGAGCAGCUGGAAUGUCGGAGCUGGUGAGAGAGCCCAGAGGGUGGGCCCCAAAGUCUUCAGUGAUGAGUUGGAUAUCUUUAAUCGACCCCCCAACAGGGAGCACCCUGCUAGUGGGAGGAGGGGCCCGAAGAAGGACGCUCUCAGCAGCUGUCAUGGCGACAGCCAGCCAGCCAGCAAAGAAGACACCUGGCCCACCAGGACCCCACCCAGGCCCCGGUGGCGCAGCGAGCAGGAGCACACGCUGCAUGAGUCCUGGGACUCCCUCAGUGCCUUCGACCGCUCCCACCGGGGCCGCAUCUCAAACCUGGAGGCCCAGGGUGACAUCCUGGAUGAGUUCCUGCAGCAGCAGAAGAGCAGCCGCCACAGCGACCAGCCGCCGCUCUGGAAGGAGCAGAAGCAGGAGCCGGAGGCCGGGCAGUUCAACCACUGUGUGGAGACAGACGACGGGAGCGACUUCAAAAUCCCUGUCCUGCCUUCUGGGCAGCACUUGGUCAUCGACAUCACGUCUACGUGGGGGGACCGGCACUACGUUGGCCUGAACGGAAUAGAAAUAUUCAGCUCCAAGGGCGAGCCUGUGCGAAUCGCGAGCAUUCAAGCAGACCCACCUGACAUCAAUAUUUUACCAGCCUAUGGGAGAGACCCCCGUGUGGUCACCAACCUCAUCGAUGGGGUGAACCGGACCCAGGACGACAUGCACGUCUGGCUGGCCCCCUUCACGCCGGGCCAAUCCCACUCCAUCUCCAUCAAUUUCUUGCACCCUUGCCAAGUCGCCCUGAUCAGGAUUUGGAAUUACAAUAAAUCCCGGAUUCAUUCCUUCCGCGGCGUGAAGGACAUCACAAUGCUGUUAGACGAGCAGUGUAUCUUUAAAGGAGAAAUCGCCAAAGCCUCUGGAACCCUGACAGGAGCCCCGGAGCACUUUGGAGACACAAUCUUAUUCACCAUGGACGAUGAAAUUCUUGAGGCCAUAUUCUGCUCUGAUGAGACAUUUGAUGUGGACCUGGAGAGUCUUUGCAGCCUGCAGAAUGAGGAGGCACUGAGGAGGCCCAGCACAGCCGACCGCGAGGGCGAGGAGAGGCCCUACACCCAGGCUGGCCUGUGGGCUGAGGACCCGGUACUGGAGCUGGAGCUACCACCCAGUUCCCCUAUCCCUGAAGUCACCACCCCAGAGCCAGGUGUCUACCAUGGGAUCUGCCUUCAGCUGAAUUUCACUGCAUCCUGGGGGGACCUACAUUACCUGGGGCUCACGGGCCUGGAAGUGGUAGGCAAGGAUGGCCAGGCACUGCCCAUCAGUCUGCACCAGAUCUCCGCCUCCCCAAGAGACUUGAAUGACCUCCCUGAGUACACCGACGACUCCCGGACUUUGGAUAAGUUAAUCGAUGGAGCCAACAUCACCAUGGAGGAUGAGCAUAUGUGGCUGAUCCCCUUCUCGCCCGGGCUGGACCACGUGGUCACGAUCCGCUUCGACAGAGCCGAAAGCAUCGCAGGCCUGCGCUUCUGGAACUACAAUAAAUCUCCCGAGGACACCUAUCGAGGGGCCAAAAUCGUCCACGUCUCCCUGGACAGCCUGUGCGUCUCCCCUCCAGAGGGCUUCCUCGUCCGGAAGGGGCCUGGUAACUGCCACUUUGAUUUUGCUCAAGAAAUCCUCUUUGUGGACUACCUACAGGCUCGACUGCUGCCCCAGCCAGCCCAGAGGAUCGACUCAAAAAGUCUGGAGCGGGCAAGUAUGGACUACGAGGCGCCCCUGAUGCCCUGCGGCUUCAUUUUCCAGUUUCAGCUUCUGACCAGCUGGGGUGACCCCUAUUACAUCGGUCUCACGGGCCUGGAGCUGUAUGAUGAGCGGGGAGAAAAAAUCCCUCUGUCUGAAAACAAUAUCGCCGCCUUCCCCGACAGCGUCAACUCCCUGGAGGGAGUGUGUGGGGACGUCCGGACCCCAGACAAGCUCAUCGACCAAGUAAAUGACACCAGCGACGGCCGGCACAUGUGGCUGGCCCCCAUCCUGCCCGGCCUGGUGAACCGAGUUUAUGUGAUUUUCGAUCUGCCUACCACCGUGUCAAUGAUCAAACUGUGGAAUUAUGCGAAAACGCCCCACCGAGGGGUGAAGGAGUUUGGCCUCCUGGUGGAUGACUUACUGGUCUACAAUGGGAUCCUGGCCAUGGUGGGCCACCUGGUCGGGGGCAUCCUGCCCACAUGCGAGCCCACAGUACCCUACCACACCAUCCUGUUCACCGAGGACACAGACAUCUGUCACCAGGAGAAGCACACUGCCAUCAGUAAUCAGGUGGAGGAUCAGGAUGUCCAGAUGAUGAAUGAAAACCAAAUCAUUACCAACUCGAAAAGGAAGCAGAAGCAGAGCACAGUGGACCCAGCCUUACGCCCCAAAACCUGCAUAAGCGAGAAGGAGACAGCAAGACGGUGGCGGUGCUGACUGGCCAUGGCGGGAGAGCUGGUCCUCCCCACCAGGGUGGGCUCCAUCAUUGCCCCCAGCACCUGUGCCCCUGCCCUCAGUCCUCAGUAUCAACCAGUCAAGACCCAGGGGCUGGACGAGAGCUGCAGCGUGGAGGGGAACCUGCUGGCAAGAAGGGGUGGACGGCCCUGGAAAACAGGCGUUACAGGCAGGAGGAGGCCGGGGAUGCCGCAGGGUGGAUGCAGGGUCUGGGGCAAAAUGCAGGAGGCUGGGGCACCUCACCUGUAAGAUCCAGCAAGCGGGGCUCGAGUCCACUCAGGCCUGUCAUGAGACACCUGGCAGCCCUGACUCUGGCCAGGAUAGCGAGGUAGACUGGGGAGGCCUCCCAUCCAGGUUGCUCAGUGUCCAGAGCCUGGCUGAGCAUACCGGGAGCCUAGGCCUCGAGCGCCAGCGCCAGCGUGAGCGAUGUGUGCCACAAGGCUCUGCCUGCAGAGGCCCCUCCACACACACCUCCCUGCCUGGGGUGGGGGUGGGGAGGGUCACUGGUGGAGCUGGCUGAGAGGGGGGCUUAUUCCCUCAACCCCCACAUGUCUAGCCAGGACUGCCACAACCCCUCAUUCAUCCCAGGCCCCGUUGAGGAAGAAUCCCCCAGAGAAGCUGGUCAUGCAGGGCCCGCUGCCCUCUUGUCAAGUCUGAAAAGGGAUUGAUUAAGGGCAUGUGUCCUGCUGAGCAAAGAAAAGGAGCUGGGCCCUGGCAGGCUGGGCACUGGUCUCCGCUGUGCUGCCAGCCCAGCUAGGACCGACAGGCGGGCAACUUCAGACCCCAGAAUCCAGCGCGGCCCGUGCAGAGACCCUCGCCACACCGGGGAGACGGAGGACCCGUGCCACAGCCCACCCUGGGCCCCACCACACCUCCUACCUCCCCUUCCACUUGAACUUGGGGGGAAGGCAGCCCCCACCACACUCCCUGCGGCAUCCCGUGUGCUCUGAGCGCGGGCUUGUCCUGCUGCCUUUUCUGCCUGUGCCCUUGGAAGCAGGCAGUGAGGCUCCUGUUGCCCAGGCCCCCACCCCUUCCAGCAGCUUCCCACCAAGUUGGAAAUGUGCCUUGCACCCCCAGCCAGUGAGCCCCAAACGCAUCUAUUUCCAUCGAUGUAACAAGCUCGGAUCAGGGACCUAAUUGGUUUCCCGGUGGUGGGUAAUUUCUUGUUCCAAAUAUUAAUCCGUUGUUUUCCUGGCGCCGGGCCCGGCCCGCUGCGUACUGUACUCCAAGUGCGUUCCUAUGCAACCGAGAGCCCGGCAAAUACUUUAUGAGCUUUGCAGCUUCCGCUAGCAGCUAUGCAAAUGUGCUUUUCAUUUGGAGCGUGGGGCUGAUGUGAAGAUAAGGAAUUGUUUUUCCUGGAGAAGAGCCUUCAUUUCUGUAGCUUCUAAGCCCCCGGCUUCUCUGCUCACCUCCCAGAUGUGGCGGGGGCCCUGGGGAUCUGGGCUCCCCGGAGAGCUGCAGUUGUGGGGUUGCCCAGCUGGUCAAACCAGCUCUUAGUGACCCAAACCAGUGCCCUCGCUUUCAAGGGGGCCCCGGCUUUCCACUGGUGCAGGGGUGCAGGUUAGAUCUGUCGGGGAGAUUGCACAAACACCACGCACAUUCGCUCCCGGAAUCGCCGUUGAUGUUGAUAAUAAUUGUAUGUACCAUGCAAUUUAGGAGGGAAAAAAGCGCUGUAUAGGCAUUAAGUCUCAAAUAAAUUUCUAUUUUUUUCUCAAGCAAAAUCAAUAAAAGAUGUUAUUACGAAUAUAGUCUGACACACUGGAUUUGGGGUGAGACAGAGGGAGCACUU